AUGGCAAAUACCACGCAAUUUACCCCUCGCCUGCGGGACAUCAGCCAGGGAGUUGAUAUUCUUAUUGGCGCCGAACUAUUUUUUUCCUUACUUGAAUGUCAGCAGAUUACACUCGCUUUUGGCAGUCCAAUUCUACAGAAAACAGUUCUUGGUUAUAUUGUUUGCGGAAAGGUUCCAGAGCCGAUCCAAGAUUCGUCACCAACUCAAACCAGCCACUUUUGUAUCGACCAAGACCUCAACUGUCAACUAGAGAGGUUCUGGACGAUCGUGGAUUUUGAUCGGGGUAAAGCUUACACUUCCGAAGAACAAUUUUGUGAGGAUUACUUCCAACAAACUGUAUCCAGAGACACCGAUGGACGGUAUAUAGUACGUCUUCCGUUACGGGAAAAUUUACUGCCACUCUUAGGCAACUCUUUUCGAUCUGCACAACGUCGUUUUCUUGCCAUGGAACGGAAGUUUGCUGCCAAUACGGAUCUUUCUGAAGAAUACCAAAAGUUUAUGGAUGAUUAUGCGAGACUUGGUCACAUGGAGUUGAGUACGUCCGCGCCACAUGGCCCACAGUUUUACCUACCCCAUCACGCAAUCCACCGCCCAGAUAGCACCACAACAAAAACUAGAGUCGUUUUCGAUGGUUCUUGCCGAGAUUCUAAUCGCCUAUCGCUAAAUGACAUUUUGUAUACUGGUCCCACAGUGCAACCUGCUUUGUAUUCAACUGUUGUCAACUUUCGCAAGCCACGGUUAGUGGUCACAGCAGACGUCGAAAAAAUGUUUCGUCAGAUUUGGAUUCAUGCGGACGAUCGCAAGUAUCAACAAAUACUCUGGCGUCGUAGUGCAUCGGAGCCUUUGGUCUCGUAUGAUUUAAAAACCGUAACUUACGGGCUUUCAAGUUCACCGUAUCACGCUACCCGUGUACUGAAUCAACUAGUCGUCGAUGAGGGUAAUCGUUUUCCCCUAGCAGUUCCGAUAAUUCAAUCCGGGACUUACGUCGAUGAUGUACUAUCCGGUAAUGAUGACUUACAGACUCUUCAGGGAGCAUGUAAACAGCUGAUCGAAAUGCUAAAAUGCGCCGGUUUUGUGCUUCGAAAAUGGGCCUCCAAUAAUUCAGAAGCACUCGUUAAUGUUCCUCGAGACUUGUGGGAAACGUCAGUCGAACUAGAGAUCGAUCGAUCAUCUGUAGUUAAAACUCUUGGAUUACUAUGGUUUCCACAAAAAGACGUGUUUAAAAUAAAAUUACCAGUUUUGACGGAGUUGGAAACUGUUACAAAACGAGUAGUAGUCUCCGAGAUGUCUCGUUUAUUCGACCCACUACGCAUUCUUGGACCCGUAGUGGUCAAUGCUAAAAUGUUUGUCCAAACUCUGUGGGCAGAAAUUAUACCCUGGGAUCAAAAGCUUUCAGAAAUCCACAGCGGUUGGUGGAAGAAAUAUCGCGAUGAUUUACGUCAGCUUCAGUCGGUGGAAAUACCAAGACGAAUAUUGUCCAACAUUCAUCGAGAAUACAGUUUACACUGCUUCUGCGACGCAUCCGUCAAAGGUUACGGAUGUUGCAUUCAUGUCGUUUCACCGGACGAAACCAAACGACAGUUUUCACAUUUGUUAACGGCAAAAUCACGCGUCGCUCCUCUACGUGGCCAAACUAUACCGCGCUUAGAGCUCUGUGCCGCAUUACUUGGUAGCCAGCUAGUUGAUACCCUACGAAGGACUACAUUCUUCACUGAAUCGGUGACGAUGUGGACAGAUUCUACCAUCGUGUUGCAUUGGAUAAAAUCGCCAUCACACUGCUGGAAAGUCUUUGUUUCGAACCGAAUUGCUGAGAUCCAGCGUUUGACGAAAAAUUGCAAUUGGAAACACAUUCCAACCCAUUUGAAUCCGGCGGAUCGAAUUUCGCGAGGAAUGCUCCCGAGUCAGAUUGUGAAUGACGAGUUAUGGUGGCAUGGGCCUAGCUUCCUCACCAAGGAGCAGGAUUUCUGGCCCGAUACUUUCGACUCAGUGCCAGAAGAGUGUGAUUUACAAAAAGAAACUCGAUCAGUAAUUACACUACACGCCAAUGUUGACAAUUUUCGACUCUUCGAUAGAUUCUCGGAGCUUUCCAAAAUAAUAAAAACAAUAGCAUUCUGCUAUCGUUUCUACAAUAAUGCUAGUCGUCGUGAUAGUAAAACUGGAUCGCUGGAUCGCGAAAAUGCACUAAAGGUACUCGAACGUUUGGCCCAGAGAGAGGAGUUUCCGCUAGAAAUUCAAAUAUUCGAAAAGAAUCAAAUCCAUUCGAACAACACGAAGCCAACCGGAUUAAAAUCACAAUUGAAGAACCUCAACUUAUUUAUGGAUCAAUUUGGAUUAUUACGCAUCAAUGGAAGGCUGCUAAAUAUGAAAGCUCCAUACGAUACACGAUUCCCUAUUCUUCUACCGGCAAACCACAAAAUUAGCUGGUUAAUUAUGAGAUCCUUCCAUGUAAGGACUCUUCACGCUGGACCAUCACUCGUUCUGGCGACAGUAAGACAGCGAUUCUGGCCGCUUCGUGGACGGCAGUUAGCUCGCAAGAUAGUUCGCCAAUGCAUCACGUGCUUUAGGAUAAAUCCCAAAACAACGCAACAAUUAAUGGCACCAUUACCAUCGGCUCGCCUGAAUCCUGCUAGAGUGUUUUCUCGAUCUGGGUUGGACUACUGUGGGCCGUUUCUCGUUCGUCCGUUGAGUGGAAGAGGAGCUUCGGUCAAAAAAUACGUCGCGUUAUUCGUGUGCUUGGCAGUAAAGGCCGUGCACCUCGAAAUUGUCGCCGACUUGUCGACCGUCGCUUGCAUUAACGCGGUAAAAAGGUUCGUUUCGCGGCGGGGACGCGUGUUCGAAAUAUAUUGCGACAAUGCGACUGCGUUCGUGGGUGCUGAUCGGGAACUUCAAACUCUGAGAAGGGAUUAUUUGAAGCAGUUUCGUUCCACUGAAUGGUCCAGUUACUGUUUGAGUGAAGGAAUCCAAUUUCGUUUCAUCCCAGCCCGUUCUCCGCAUUUUGGUGGGCUUUGGGAGGCAGGGAUUAAGUCCUUUAAAUACCACUUUCGUCGUACCAUCGGUUGCAGAUCAUUUAACAUGGAUCAGUUCCACACCGUCGUAGCUCAGAUAGAAGCGAUACUUAACUCACGCCCUUUGUGUCCAAUGUCGGAUAAUCCUGAAGACAUCUCUGCAUUAACUCCGGGUCAUUUUUUGGUUGGCGAACCCCUAUUUUCCAUCCCCGAACCCGAUUUAGGCAAUAUAAAUAUUAAUCGCCUGUCCCGCUUCCAGGAAAUAAGAAGAUCGGUCCAAGAUCUCUGGCGUUGCUGGUCCAGAGACUACGUCAAUCAACUCCAACAGCGAAGCAAAUGGAAAACAACCCUCACAGACGUUCAAAAUGGUCAAUUGGUCCUUAUGAAGCAGGACAACGUACCACCGCUCCAAUGGCCAUUGGCACGCAUCAUACAAACGAUUCCUGGAAAGGAUGGUCAUGUUCGAGUAGUGAUCGUGCAAACAACGAAUGGGAAAUAUCGCAGAGCAAUCACCGAAGUCGCAAUUCUACCAAUUGAAUGUGACGCGAACAACGUGAAUGCAAAUUAG